AUGGCUCAACGUGUUACCUUCAGAAGAAGAAAUCCAUAUAACACCAAAUCCAAUAAGAUUAAGGUUGUCAAGACCCCAGGUGGUAUCUUACGUGCUCAACAUGUUAAGAAACAAGCUUCCAGACCAAAAUGUGGUGACUGUGGUAUUGCUUUACCAGGUGUUGCUGCUUUGAGACCAAGACAAUACGCUACUGUUUCCAAGACUCACAAGACUGUUUCCAGAGUUUACGGUGGUUCUAGAUGUUCUAACUGUGUCAAGGAAAGAAUCGUUAGAGCUUUCUUGAUUGAAGAACAAAAGAUUGUUAAGAAGGUUGUUAAGGAACAAACUGAAGCUGCCAAGAAGGCUGAAAAAAAGGGUUCUAAAAAAUAG